AAAGGGCAGGUGAAAGAUCUCAGUGCCUUCAGGUAAGAGGUGCUGGAGACUGUAAUGUAAGGUGUAAAACCAAGGCUAAGUGUUAUGUGCUGCCCUGACAUCUGGUGAAAUAAGAAGGGCCUCAAACAGCCUAACUGCAAGUUCCGCUCCCCGUCGGCUCCCAUGAAUAAGGCCCCCUAGCCAAACAAUGGAGUCCUGGUGGUGCGGUGGUGAAGCGCUCUGCUUGCUGACUGAGAGGUUGGUUGUUCCAACACACCAGCCACUCUGCAGGAGAAAGAUGUGGCAUAUCUGCUUCUUUAAAGAUUUACAGCCUUGGAAACCCUACGGGGCAGUUCUGCUCUGUCCUGUAGGGUCACUGUGAGUCAGAAUCGACUCCACAGCAAUGGGUGUGUCUUAGUUAUCUAGUGCAACUAUAACACAAAUACCACAAGUGGAUGGUUUUAACAAAAAGAAAUUAAUUUUCUCACGGUCUAGUAGGCUGGAAGUCCAAAUGCAGGGCGCCAUCUCCAGGGGAAGGCUUUCUCUGUCUGCUUUGGAGGAAGGUCCACGUCAUCAAUCUUCCCCUGGACUAGGAGCUUCUCUGCGCAGGAACCCCGGGUGGAGCUCUGCUCCUGGUGCUGCUUUCUUCAUGGGCCAUGUUCUGCAACGAUUUAAAGGAAAAGUAUGAGAAGAGGAUCGUCAUCAAAGGGGUGGAUGCUGAGAUCAUGCACACUCUCCUGGACUACACGUACACCAGCAAGGCGCUGAUCACCAAGCAGAAUGUCCAGCGGGUCCUCGAAGCUGCUAACCUCUUCCAGUUCCUGCGGAUGGUGGAUGCCUGUGCCAGCUUCCUCACGGAAGCCUUGAACCCGGAAAACUGUGUUGGAAUACUGAGGCUGGCCGACACACACUCCUUGGACAGUCUAAAGAAACAGGUUCAAAGUUACAUCGUGCAAAACUUUCUGCAGAUCCUCAACUCCGAGGAGUUCCUUGAGCUUCCUGUGGACACUCUGUACCACAUCUUGAAGAGCGAUGACCUUUAUGUGACUGAGGAGGCUCAGGUGUUUGAGACUGUAAUGAGCUGGGUUCGCCACAAACAGUCGGAACGGCUCUGCUUGCUCCCUUAUGUCCUUGAGAACGUGCGCUUACCACUUCUGGACCCGUGGUACUUUGUGGAGACGGUCGAAGCUGAUCCUCUCAUCAGGCAGUGCCCGGAGGUCUUCCCGCUGCUCCAGGAAGCCAGGAUGUACCACCUUUCUGGCAACGAGAUCAUUUCCGAGCGCACCAAGCCCAGGAUGCAUGAGUUCCAGUCUGAGGUGUUCAUGAUCAUCGGCGGCUGCACACGGGACGAACGCUUUGUGGCAGAGGUUACCUGCCUGGAUCCCCUGAGGCGCAGCCGUCUGGAGGUGGCCAAGCUCCCACUGACCGAGCACGAGCUGGACAGUGAGAAUAAGAAGUGGGUGGAGUUCGCGUGCGUGACGUUAAAAAACGAGGUCUACAUAUCAGGCGGCAAAGAGACACAGCACGAUGUUUGGAAAUACAAUUCUUCGAUCAAUAAGUGGAUCCAGAUUGAGUAUUUAAACAUAGGCCGCUGGCGGCAUAAGAUGACCGUGUUGGGCGGCAAGGUCUACGUGAUCGGAGGUUUCGACGGCCUACAGCGGCUCAACAACGUGGAGACCUACGACCCCUUCCACAACUGCUGGUCGGAGGCUGCGCCACUUCUUGUCCACGUCAGUUCCUUUGCAGCCACCAGCCAUAAGAAGAAGCUCUACGUGAUUGGGGGAGGACCCAAUGGGAAGCUGGCUACAGAUAAGACUCAGUGUUAUGACCCUUCAACCAAUAAGUGGAAUUUAAAGUCACCCAUGCCAGUGGAGGCAAAGUGCAUCAACGCAGUGAGCUUCCGGGAUCGCAUCUACGUUGUUGGUGGGGCCAUGCGAGCAUUGUACGCCUACAGCCCCCUGGAGGACAGCUGGUGCCUGGUGACCCAGCUCAGCCACGAGCGGGCCAGCUGCGGCAUCGCCCCCUGCAACAACCGGCUCUACAUCACCGGGGGACGCGACGAGAAGAACGAGGUCAUCGCCACUGUGCUGUGCUGGGACCCCGAGGCCCAGAAACUGACUGAGGAGUGCGUCCUGCCCCGGGGGGUGUCCCACCAUGGCAGCGUCACCAUCAGGAAGUCCUACACCCACAUUCGCAGGAUCGUGCCUGGGGCUGUGUCUGUCUGAUGGCCUUGGGGUGGGGGUCAGCAUGGGACCAACACCAGGAACCUGGACAGCAUACAGGCAGCCUCUGUGCCUCCCUCCCUCGCCACUCUCCCACCCCAACCCCACUUCAGGCAGCAGGCUUGGCUUGAGUUUGGGGGGCUCAUCAGGGGCUCAGCCUCACUGACUGUGGGGGCACCUUGAAAGUCACAGCAUCAGAGACACUUGAGACCAGCCAGGAAUGUUUGCCUGACCUACCUCAGGAGAGAAGGAGGAAAAAAGAAUAAUAUUUAACUUUCAGGGCACACCUACCGGGCAUCAGAUUCUAUGCCAGGCACUUGGGUAUACCAGUUGGCUUACUCAGUGUAAUGACCUGCUGGCUGGAUUACUAUUACUCCUGUUUUACGGAUGAGGAAACUGAAUUUCAGAAAUGCAAAAUGACUUGUCCCAGGUCAUUCAGACAGCAGGGAGCUAACCCAGGAGCCUAAAACCCAGGUCUUUUCAUUUCGAAGUCAAUGCCCUGUCCACAAUGGUGACCAUCUCAGAAAGCAGAAAAAAAAUCUGGCUCACUUUUUGUUUUAGCAAAUCUGCUGAAGGAGUCGCUUGGCAAGGCAGGGAAAUAAAGGUUUCUUUCUUCUUCUUUUUCUCUUUGUAUUUAAACCACCUGGAAUUCUUGGUGUUGGAGCCUUGAGUCUCAGGUUCUUCCAUUUUAUGGGUCUAGGAAGACCCGUUUGCUUUGAAAGACAUAAAAGACUUGCGUUCUGUUCUCUCCCAUCAAAAAUCUGUUUUUUAUGAUCACAGGAUGCUCCAUUUUAGAUUAGACCUGUCAUUGCUGGACCAAAUUGUACCUUCUGUACCAUCUGGUGGCCUCGUCUCUCAGUGUCCAAAAGUUGUAUCGCAAUGCAGAAAAGAGGUUUCCAGAGAUUCAAAUUAGUGUUUUAAAAAAUGUAACAAUCAACACUGCUGGGCACUGUAGCAAUGACAGGCUCUUCUCGAUGCCUUACGUUCUACUCUUUAGACAGUGACUUGGGGCUCGUGUCCCUGAGACCCACCACCCCUACAGGAACCUUCUAGGCCCUUCUACUUGGUGUUUGGAUCAGCUUGGCUCAAUUUUGAGUCAAAGAACAGAGUCCGUCCUUCACCCUAAUAUACAGAGCUUUCACAUGAGCUCACUGGAAAUUCAUUCUAAUCCCCAACUUGUUGAAACAGGUUAGGAGAUCCUGUUCAUACACUGUGUUUAACAGGCAGCAAUGAUAACAACGUAGUAACUGCAUUACCCAACGUGCUUUAUUUUCAUCAUAUGAUUUCAGCUCUCUUUAUAGAGUUUUAUUUCAUGUCAGAUGUGACAUGUUGUGUGUGGUUUCCCAGAAAGUUUGGGAAGUCAGAGGAAUUAGAGUUGACAGUGAAUUUGAUUUUCACAAAAAAUGUCAUGGUUAGAAGAAGCUACUAUUCAAAGAUUGAAAAGACUUGGAAAAUUACAAGUGAGAUUUCUGUUCAUACGUAGAUUGUUGAGGAUAAAUACAAAUGCGUGUUUGAGUGUGAAAGGUCCUGUAUCUUCGGGUCAGGGGUGACCAUUCAGCUCUCUGCUAUGAAAAGCAAGAUGGAAAAUAACAUAUUUGUGAGCUGGCAGAACACAUUAUCACUUACACUUACUCGUGAGUUAUUGGUUAAUAACCUUAUCAAAGCUCUCAGCUGAAACAGUUCAUCUAUUUCAAUGCAGCACACAGUCAUGGAGUUCUCUACAGUUUGCCAAGCCUUGGGGAUACCAAUGAUUAAGACAAAUCCCAAGCCUAAAGACUCAAGAAACAGGUAAAUAGGCCACUAAUGAGUAUUCUAAUUUUUUUUUCCUCCAAGUUUACUAUGAAGUUAUGAAGCUGUAGUCAAGUCUUUAGAGCAUCCCCUUGGGAUGCUAUGCACUUAGGUCAACCAUGUGACCGCUUUUUUGUCCCUGUUUUUGAGAUCACCUUCAGAAACCACUUAUGAGAGAAAUCAGUCUUAUUCCAAAGAAAAUUUAGCAUGCACAGAGAACCUCCCCUCAAACAGAGAGGCCUCCUUGUCGCGGUGGUCCUUUGAUAAGAACAAUCAGUGAACUUUGAACCUACUGGCAGGCCAAACAUAUGCUUUAAAACUAAGGAUCUGAGAUCUCUGUCUAUAAACUUGAUUCUACCUGCAGGACGCAUGUUUCAGGGUGGUUCAGAAUGCCUAAAUGCAUAAAAGGAAGGACUUGAUAUGAUUCUUGUACCACCAAAUAUGCAGGUGAAUUGUGGUAAAAUUCAGGUACCUGGCACCCAAGAAAUAGAGAUUCUCCAUAAUGGCAUGGGACAUAGGGCAGAUAUACUUAUUAAGGUGAUCAAGAGUCCUGUAGCUUUUAGGGAAAGAAAAUGUUCAAGUCAUUUUAGGAAAACUUAAGAUCCCUGGGUGGCGUGGAUGGUUUGCACUUGGCUGUAUUCAAAAGGUUGGCAGUUCUAACCCACCCAAUGGCACCUCGCGAGAAACAGGCCUGACAAUCUGCUUCCAUUAAGAUUGCAGCCAAGAAAACCUACGGAGCAGUUCUACUCUGUAACACAUGGGGUUGCCAUAAGUCAGAAGUCAACAAAAACAACAAGGUGUCAUUUUAGGGAAACUUUUAUAAGGACAGUCAUCAGAAGUUAUACUUUUAGGCACUAGCCAGGAAUGGGAGUUCUUAAAAUCUGAUUUCCAUUCCAAGAUAACCAGUUUGCAUAACCCAUACCAUCUGCAGGGGGAUGAGCCAGGGUGGGAAGGAUCGCGGGACUCAGGCAAGACAUGGUGGGCCCUCCUGGCACUGCGGACUGGAUAUUGAGGCAGGUCCUGGGAGUGGAGAGAGCACCUCUGGCUGGGAGGAAGAGGAUGGAGCAGGAGGUGAGCUGAUGUGUCAGAUCAUAAGGGCACAGGUCUAGAAAAUGAUAUUGGGGCCCUGGAGUUUGUGAGCAUGGCCCCAGUCCCAGGAAGGGUGAGGGAGAAUAAGGAAGAGGAAUUCUAGGCAAGAAACGAGGAAGGAGGUGACUUAGAAUUGAAGCAGAAAUUAGAGCAGGACCAGCACUUAGGCCAGUUUGCUGUGGAGCGCCUAACCUACCCACCCGGGGCUUCUGUCGUACCAGACCAGAGAGAAUGAGGCCCAGAGUCUUUGAUGGGGUAGAAACUGUGGGUGAGGUUGGGGGACCCCAGUUUCCAAGGCUGAUCUACAAUGGACAGGGAGCUAAGCUCACCAAAACGCCAACUGAUAAAUGUUCUCUUCUUAGCUUUCAUACAUUUUGGUCUCCAGUAACUUCAGGAAACACACACACAGCUCUUGAACUCAAAGCCAACUACACUCUCAGGGAAAUGCCAAUAUCAUUUGCUUACAGCUGCGAAAAUGUAGUUUUGCUAAUUAUAAAAGUUCUCGUGGUACUGUUGUUAGUUAUUUACUUAUCCAGCUUAAUUUUGAAAAAGAAAACAAAAGUACUUCUCAAGAGAAUCUUUAAAGUGGAUAAAUACCCCUGAGGAGAGAUGAACAGAAGAUUUCAAAGAGCGGCUCAAGAAGACAAAGUUUUAUAGUGACAUGUGCAAAGACCUGGAGUUGGAGAACCAAAAGGGAAGAACACGCUUGGCAUUUCUCAAGCUGAAAGAACUGAAGAAAAAAAUUCAAGCCUUGAGUUGCAGUAGUGAAGGAUUCUAUGGGUAAAAUAUUCACUGACGCAGGAGCCAUCAAAAGAAGAUGGGAGGCAUACAUAGUCACCGUACCAAAAAGAAUUGGUUGACCUUCAACUAUGUCGGGAGGUAGCAUAUAAUCAAGAACUGAUGGCACCAAAGGCAUUGGCAAAAGGCAAGUCUGCAGGAAUUAACGGAAUACCAACUGAGAUGUUUCACCAAACGGAUUCAGCACUGGAAGCACUCAAUCGCCUAUGCCAAGAAAUUUGGAAAACAGCUACCUGGCCAACUGACUGGAAGAGAUUCAUAUUUGUACCCAUUCCAAAGAAAGGUGAUCCAACAGAAUGUGGAAAAAUUAUUGAACAAUAUCAUUAACAUCGUGGGCAAGUAAAAUUUUGCUGAAGAUAAUUCCAAAACAGUUGCAGCAGUACGUCGACAGGGAACCGCCAGAAAUUCAAGCCAGAUUCAGAAGAGGAUGUGGAAUGGGGGUUAUCAUUGCUGAUGUCAGAUGGAUCCUGGCUGAAAGCAGAGAAUACCAGAAAAAUGUUUACCUGUGUUUUAUUGACUAUGAAAAGGCAUUCGACUGUGUGGAUCAUAACAAGUUAUGGAUAACGUUGUGAAGAAUCAGAAUUCCAGAACAAUUGUGCUCAUGAGGAACCUGUACAUAGACAAAGAGGCAGUCAUUCAAAUAGAACAAGGGGACACUGCAUGGUUUAAAAUCAGGAAAGAUGUGGAUCAGGCCUGUAUCCUUUCAUCAUACUUGUUCAGUCUGUGCAAUGAGCAAAUAAUCCGAGAAGCUGGACUAUAUGAAGAACAUGGCAUCAGGAUUGGUGGAAGACUCAUUAACAAUCUGUAAUAUGCAGAUAAUACAACCUUGCUUGCUGAAAGUGAAGAGGACUUGAAGCACUUACUGAUGAAGAUCAAAGAAAACCUUCAGUAAGGAUACCUCAACAUAAAGAAAACAAAGAUCUCACGACUGGACCGAUAAACAACGUCAUGAUAAAUGGAGAGAAGAUUGAAGUUGUCAAGGAUUUCAUUAUACUUGGAUCCACAAUCAACACCCAUGGAAGCAGUAAUCAGGAAAUCAAAAGAUGCAUUGCAUAGGGCAAAUCUGCUGCAAAAGACCUCUUUAAAGUGUUGAAGAGCAAAGAUGUCACCUUGAGGACUAAGGUGUGCCUGACCCAAGCCAUGAUAUUUUCAAUCACUUCAUAUGCGUGCGUAAACUGGACAACGAUUAAGGAAGACUGAAGAAGAGUUGAUGUCUUUGAUUUAUGGUGUUGGUGAAGAAUAUUGAAUGUGCCAUGAAAUGCCAGAAGAAUGAAUAAAUCUGUCUUGGGAGAAGUACAACCAGAAUGCUCCUUAGAAGCAAGGAUGGUGAGACAUGUCUCACGUACUUUGGACAUGUUAUCAGGAGGGAUCAGUCCCUGGAGAAAGACAUCAUUCUUGGUAAAGUAGAGGGCCAGUAAAAAAGAGGAAGACCCUUAACAGGAUGGAUUGACACAGCGGCUGCAACAAUGGUCUCAAACAUAGCAACGAUUGUGAGAAUGGCACAGGACUGGGCAGUCUUUUGUUCUGUUGUAUAUAAGGUUGCUUUGACUUGGAAUCGAAACAAAGCGCCAGUAGAAUUUCUUACAUAAAGUCCUAUCUUGAGUUUGCAAGAUCUUUUUUUCUUUAAUAUCUAUUCCGGGAGUUGUUUUAGAUCUCAUAAUUAGAAGAGUUAGGCUUCAAGGAAAUCCGCAAUUAUCUCAAAUAUGGCUACUACCAAACCAAUUUGACAGGCCAGAUUUUCAUCUGUACAUGUAUAAAUAGUCAACUUGGUUAAUGCUUAGUUAACACUUGGUUACAUGCGGUUUUUUUUUUUUUAAGU